CGCUAUUGUUCUUCGUCUUAUUACAUCUCUCUCUCUCUCUCUCUACUGCACAUGUCCUGAUGCAUCGUGUUGUUUUGAAAACCAUUGAUGCUGACUAAACUUCAAUCCAUCUUUAUAGCACCACUGAUCAAAAUGGCUGGCGAGUCCUCUAACCCUGGCACCGUCGAAGAGAUCUUUAAGGAUUUUAGCGGUCGUCGCUCCUCUAUUCUUCAAGCUCUCUCCGUAGAUGUUGACAAGUUCUACUCUUUAUGCAAUCCUGAAAUGGAGAAUCUGUGUUUGUAUGGACACCCGAAUGGGACGUGGGAAGUGAAUCUUCCAGCGGAGGAAGUGCCUCCUGAGCUUCCCGAGCCAGCCCUUGGAAUCAAUUUCGCAAGAGAUGGUAUGCAGCGUCAUGAUUGGCUCUCCUUAGUUGCUGUCCACAGUGAUUGUUGGCUGCUCUCUGUUUCCUCCUACUUUGGCGCUCGGCUUAGUCGCAAUGAGAAGAAACGCCUAUUCAGUCUGAUCAACGAUCUUCCAACUCUCUUUGAAGUAGUGACCAGUAGGAAGACCAUCAAAGAUAAACCAAGCAUGGAUCAUGAGAGCAAAUCCCAAAACGGUGUAAAUAGAUCAAUUGAAGGAGAGAUGAAGAGCACAGGGAAAUUAAUGCAAGAGAGCUCGGAAGACGAAGAAGACGAGCAUGGAGACACAUACUGUGGAAGCUGUGGAGGACACUACAUAAACGCCGAGUUCUGGAUAUGUUGUGAUGUAUGUGAACGUUGGUACCAUGGAAAGUGUGUGAAGAUAAAACCAGCCAAAGCAGAGAGCAUGAAGCAGUACAAAUGCCCUUCUUGCUGCACUAAAAAAGGAAGACAGUGAGUGAUGGUAUAGCUCUCUGUUGUGUUACUUUUGAUCAGUGAUGCCUUUAUUGCCUUGUGCUGUAUAUGUAUCAACUCUAAUUUGAUCGUUUAAAUGAGUAAUCAUAGAUUGGGGAUUAAGCGACAAA